AUGUUCGGGGGCCGGGCCAGUUCUCUCUUCCUGGACACUUCAGAGAUCUGGUGGCAGGACCCACCGUCCCUGCAGGCGGACGCAGCGUCCUGGGACGUGGCAGAGGUGGCAGCUGUGUGUAAGGCAGCAGAUGAGGGCUCAGAUCCGAGCCCCCAGGAGGGGAACAGCACGGAGGAGGAGCAGGAUGUUCAGGACCCGGAGCUGGAGGCCAUCAAAGCAAAACUGCGGGAAAUAGAGAAGGAGGAUGAGAGGUUGAAGGAGUUGCAGCUGGAAGCUGACAACCACCUGUUCAUGAGCCCAGAAGCAGCUCUCUUCCCACUGACAACCAAGGAGAAGAUGGAGGCUGACCAGCGUUCCAUCUAUGUGGGCAAUGUGGAUUACGGGGGCACAGCAGAAGAGCUGGAGUCUCACUUCAACAGCUGCGGGCAGAUCAACCGCGUCACCAUCCUCUGUGACAAGUUCUCAGGCCACCCCAAAGGCUAUGCCUACAUCGAGUUCGAGGAGCAGAGCUCAGUGAAGGCUGCGGUGGAGCUGGACGAGAGCGUGUUCAGGGGCCGUGUCAUCAAGGUGCUGCCCAAGAGGACCAACAUGCCUGGCAUCAGCAGCACUGACCGCGGGGGCUACCGGGGUUACUUCCACGCCCGGGGAGGGCUGGGCCGCUGGGGAGGCUUCUAUGGGCACCCCAGGGUGAGAGGGAGGACCUACAGGGGUCGGGCGAGGCUGCAGCCUUGGUAUUUUCCAUACUAGAAAAGACUGGACUGCCUGGUGAUGCCAAUGGGACUGGAACAAGGAGAUUGGAUUGCAGAGAUUUAAAAAGAUGCCUAC